UGCCACACCAUUCAAUCAACACAGUAAAUUUUCGAAUGUUAUUGUCCGUGAAAAAUUCUUCAGGUACAAUAGCCUCAAUAGAGCUAUUCAACGAGUUCUGGUGUAGGUAAAACAGCUUGCCCAUAUCCGCGACGCUUCUUUCUCUCGUCGGCACGACGGAUCUCCUGAACCAAGAACCACAACUCCUCUCUUUUCUUUGGACUCCUUCCGGUGCGAGAGCUUCAGACGAUCUUCUAUCAGUAUGCCGUUCUCUAUGUAUAUGCCGGCAGCUGGCUGCGAGCAUAUGAAUAGUGAUGUCAUCAACAAAAUCCGACAAUUUCGGUCCAAACAUCUUAGCGGCGAAGACUUGGUACAAUAUAUCUGUCUCGAUUGCUCUACCCCCGGCAGUUUCCCUACCUUGAACAAGCACUUUGAGGAGACCCAGCACGAAUUCGCAGUCAGUCAAAAGACCGUUUAUUGUGGACACUGCAACGAUCUUGUCUACGAUCCAACCUUGUCCAACACCAACAAGAAACGCAAAUUCGCAGAGGCCAGCGACGAAGACGACUCAUACCUGACUACCAACACUUCUCAACGUCCCUGCGGCCGGAUUGGUGUUCGAGGCCUGUUCAACCUUGGUGAGACGUGUUACAUGAAUGCCGUUCUUCAAAUGAUGGUUCACAAUCCCAUUCUGGCAAGCUACUUUCUCGGCAUGGGCCAUCCUACUCACACUUGUCCAAUCUCUAAAGAACCCGACAAGAAAAACGAUUCCGAUUCCGAAGAUGAGGAUGAAGAAAAGAAAGAACAGCAAAGCUGUGUCGCUUGUGGGAUGACCGAAGUGUUUUCUGAUGUCACCAUCGUCGAUCAACCUACCCCCGCUCACGCCGUCCCCCUCCUGUUCGCGUCAUGGAAAAACAUCCCUGAAAUGUCUGGGAAAGGCCAGCAGGACGCCCAAGAAUGGUUCAUGCAGAUUGUCGACCGUCUCCACGAGGGAGUGGCUCAAUACAAGGUCCCAGAAAAGACGAAUAGCAUCAACGAAGCGAAUGGCAUUUCAUCAAUCGAAAAGCAAUGCGUAUGUUUCUUCCACAAGGUCUUUUACGGUCGAGAAAACAGCCAAAUCACAUGCGAUACAUGUCAUACCGUUUCUUCCCGUGAAGAUGAAUUCUCCAGCAUCAGCCUCGACUUCAAGAAGCAAGUCAAGAAGAAGAAGAAGGCUGCCAAGGACGCCGCAAACUCUGGCGACGCGAAAGACAAGGAUGCACUCAAGAUCACGGUGCCAAACAUUCACGAGUGCCUGCGUGGUUUUACCGCACCCGAACCCCUCUCUCCAGAACAGUACAAUUGCCAAGAAUGCAAGGAGCGUCGGUCUGCCAGCAAACAGACCCGAAUUCGCAAAUUGCCAGCGAUCCUCUGUGUUCACGUCAAGCGAUUUGGCAUGAAGCAACUUGGAACGGGGGUCUUCGUGCCAGAAAAGUAUGAAGGCAAGCUGGACUUUAGCUUGCAACUCGACAUGGCACCGUACACGACGCGGCCGCCGAAGAAUGGUGAAGACAAGGAGAAAUACAUGUACGACCUGGAUUGCGUGGUCGUACACCAGGGCGAACACGCACACAACGGCCACUACUUUGCCUUUUGCCGCCAAGAUAACAAGUGGUUUCGUUUCGACGAUGAGAUUGUAAGCGCAACGACGACGGAGGAUGUGAUGAGGCAAGAGGCCUACCUGUUGUUUUAUUCUCUUAGGAGAAUUGAGAAGUUGUAAAGUGGAGGCUGUGGCAGGCAUGGCCUCAUACAUACUAGUCUUACUUGAACGCGUUGUGUUUGUUUUCAUGUAUCUUUCGACCUUGUCGUAAAAUUGGCUACUAGAUUAAAUCGUGGCAGUGAUCCUUGUUAUCAUAUUCUUGACAGCAGCGUUGAU